AUGGAGCGUCGUCAAAAGCUCCGAGUGCUCCACGCGGGAGAAAUAUACGCCGACAUGUAUGCGGAGUACAUUGCCAUCGGCUGUUCGUUCAUCAUGCUCUUCUUCUUGCGGAACCACCCGCAGUACGAAUUCACCAUUUUACAAUCGGAUCUUUCCGACGAAACAAGCAGUUCGGAUGUCAGCUUCCGAGAGCAUCAGCUGGUGAAUCUCGGAUAUCUCCAGACGGGCGUGGAAGUGGUCGUUGAUUUACUGGCCUGUAUAAUUGAAGCCACGCGUGGUGUCGACUUCAACUCGUUCAACCAGAAUGACCCGUUCCUGAUAUUCUUCUUGGGCAUGCUGACGUUUUCCAACAUCGCCAUUUCAGCCGGAUUAUACAUGCACUAG